AUGAAUUUGCCACUGGCCUGUCUUCUUGUAAUUCUGCCAUGUGCGUCUGGAUAUCCUGUGGAUGAAGAGAUAUUGAAGAGGCAACAGUUUGCGGAAGAAAAACAGCGAAAUGCGCAAGAAAGAGCACAACUGUCGUUGGAGAUACAACAGUUAGCACAAGAAAGACAGCAGCUAGCUCAAGACAGGUCAGAGAUGGCCAACAUCAUGGCGAAACUCCAGAAUGCAGUUCAUGAAUCUUCUCCACAGAGAUAUACACGACAAAGUGAGGGCGUGGCAUUUUCUGUAUGGCUCGAUCAUAGCGCCACACUUGGUCCGAGUCAAGUAAUACGUUUCAACAGGGUGAUAACCAACGAAGGGAGCGGCUAUAACGUGCAUUCCGGCGUGUUCACCUGUCCCCAAGCCGGAAUGUACCUAUUCGCCUUCAUGGAUCUUCAGGGAGGGAACACAGUUGUUCUCCGCCUUCAACAGGGUGACGUUGUUGAGAUAGAGGAACAGUAUGGAAACCACGUCGAGGGGUACGGAACUCUUGGGCUGACGUCCUUCACUGGUGUGCUUUUGUACCCAUAG